ACUUUUAUAGUCUCAAGGAAUCCUUUGCUGCGCGCCAUUCACUUUCAGCACCAAGGACAGCUCCCGGCGCGCGUUCAGAAUCUCCGUGAGGCGCAAAACUUCAGCAGUUGAAGAAUCGCACAGCUGCCACCAACAUGUCGCGAUAUAGUACCGAUGCUACAACAGAGUAAGCUGCCGUAUAACCACAGAGACUACCUGAACCUUAGCCACAACAACUGAAAACUUGGAUUGUGUUGGGAAGUGAGAUACCAGACCUAAACGGGGCUGUGAUCUCCAGACCUGAACAGAAGACGAUGUCACUGACGGAGAUAGCCUCGGCCUGGACAGAAGUGCAACGUCUUUAAAGCCGGGCCGUGACGCAUCCCUGCCGUCCCAUCCCAUCCCCAGAGGGUCACCAGAGAGGGUGAGAGCAGGACCCAGACAGAAGGGACAGAGGGGAGUGGAGGAGGAGGUGAGAAGGACUGAAGUGACCCGACCUGCCCUGCCCUGCCCUGCCCCGCAGUCAUGAUGGCUGGGAGGUCACCGCGGUUCAGAGCGACGCCUGCGCGCUGGCUGCUCCAGCUGGAACUCCUCCUGCUGCUAGUGCCGACGGCGUGGACGCUGGCCCUGCCGGGCCUCAACUCGGACCCCAAGCGCGAGAUCGUGGUGGAGGGGGACCUGGUGAUCGGCGGCCUCUUCCCCGUGCACCACAAGGGCGAGGGCGCGGAGGACUGCGGCCGCAUCAACGCCCAGCGCGGCAUCCAGCGGCUGGAGGCCAUGCUGCUGGCACUGGACGUGAUCAACCGCGAUGAGCGCAUCCUGUCCGGCCUCACGCUCGGUGCCCACAUCCUGGACACCUGCUCCAAGGACACCUACGCGCUGGAGCAGUCGCUGGAGUUCGUGCGCGCCUCGCUCACCAAGGUGGACGACAGUGAGUACACGUGCCCCGACGGGUCCUACGCCAUACACGACGACGUGCCCUUGGCCAUAUCCGGCGUCAUUGGAGGCUCCUACAGCGACGUUUCCAUCCAGGUGGCAAACUUGCUUCGUCUGUUCCAGAUUCCUCAAAUAAGCUAUGCUUCAACAAGCGCUAAACUGAGUGACAAAUCCCGGUAUGACUUCUUUGCUCGCACUGUUCCCCCUGACUUCUACCAGGCCAAAGCCAUGGCGGAGAUCUUACGGUACUUUAACUGGACCUACGUCUCCACUGUGGCCUCAGAAGGUGACUAUGGUGAGACGGGUAUCGAUGCCUUCCAGCAGGAGGCCCGGGCUCUCCAGAUUUGCAUUGCCAUUUCAGCCAAGGUGACCCGCUCCAUGGACCGCUACAGCUACGAGAAUGUGAUUCGCUCUCUGCAGCAGAAAUCCAACGCCAAAGUAGUGAUCCUGUUCACACGCAGUGAGGACGCACGCGAGCUACUGGUGGCUGCCACGCGCAUGAACGUCACCUUCAUUUGGGUGGCGAGUGAUGGAUGGGGCGCGCAGGAGAGCGUGGUCAGAGGUAGCGAAACGUCAGCAAACGGGGCCUUCACUAUUGAGCUGGCAUCUUAUCCCAUUCCCAAGUUUACCGAGUAUUUCACCAACCUUAACCCUUACAACAACACCCGAAAUCCAUGGUUCCGAGAAUUCUGGGAGCACCGCUUCCAGUGCAGCCUGCACAACGUGAGUUGCGCAAAGCACACCCUGAAAGACGGCAAAUUCGAACAAGAGUCUAAGAUCAUGUUUGUAGUGAAUGCAGUCUAUGCCAUGGCACACGCCUUGCAUAACAUGAGACAGGCUUUGUGUCCCAACACCACCAAAGUCUGCAGUGCCAUGAAGCCGGGAAAUGGUCGCAAGUUCUACAAAGACUACAUUCUGAAGACAAAAUUUGAUGCCCCAUUCCGCCCAGCAGACAGGGAUCACGUUGUUCGCUUCGAUGCCUUCGGCGACAGCUUUGGUCGCUACAAGAUCUUCCACUACCACAAGGAGAACGGCAAGUACGCGUACCACAAGGUGGGCUACUGGGCUCAGAGCCUGAGCCUCAACACCAGCCUGAUCCCGUGGGAGAGCCAGGCGCUGCCCACGUCCCAGUGCAGUGACCCUUGCCGCAAGAACGAGAUCAAGAGCAUGCAGCCAGGCGACGUGUGCUGCUGGAUCUGCAUCCCCUGCCAGCCGUACCAGUACCUGAGCGACGAGUUCACCUGCGCCGACUGUAGCUUCGGCCAGUGGCCCCUGGCCAACCUGACAGGCUGCUACGACCUGCCCGAGGAGUACAUCCACUGGUCGGACGCGUGGGCCGUGGGGCCGGUGACCAUCUCCUGCCUGGGCAUCAUGUGCACGCUGUUCGUGGUGGGCCUCUUCCUGAAGCACAACGACACGCCGGUGGUCAAGGCGUCGGGCCGCGAGCUCUCCUACAUCCUGCUGCUGGGCGUGCUUAUGUGCUACGCCAUGACGUUCAUCUACAUCGCCAAGCCGUCGGCGGCCGUGUGCACGCUGCGGCGCCUGGGCCUGGGCACAUCCUUCGCCGUCUGCUACUCAGCGCUGCUGACCAAGACCAACCGCAUCUCGCGCAUCUUCAACGGCGUGUCCGGCGGCGGUGCCCAGCGCCCGCGCUUCAUCAGCCCCACCUCGCAGGUGGUCAUCUGCGCCGCGCUCAUCUCCUGCCAGCUGAUGGUGGCCGUGGGCUGGCUGUUGGUGGAGACGCCUGGCGUGCGCAAGGAGGUCAGCCCCGAGCGCCGCGACGUGGUCACGCUCAAGUGCAACAGCAAGGACGCCAGCAUGCUGGUGUCGCUCACCUACAACUGCGUGCUCAUCAUCCUCUGCACCGUCUACGCCUUCAAGACCCGCAAGUGCCCCGAGAAUUUCAACGAGGCCAAGUUCAUCGGCUUCACCAUGUACACCACCUGCAUCAUCUGGUUGGCCUUCCAGCCCAUCUUCUACGUCACCGCCAGCGACUACAGGGUGCAGACCACCACCAUGUGCAUCUCGGUCAGCCUCAGUGGCUCGGUGGUGCUGGGCUGCCUCUUCGCCCCCAAGAUCCACAUCAUCCUCUUCCAGCCGCAGAAGAACGUCACGACGCUCAGGGUGGCCACCACCCGCUUCAGCGUGACCACAGGACCAGGCUCCAGCUUCUCCCAAGGACCAACCAGAGGCACUUAACGUAAAGUUUCAGAGCUGUCCUUCCACUACUGUCAUCUGAUCAUCACAGACAAACACUGCUCGCACGCACACGGCUGAACAUGUUCUUCCUCUGUUCUUCGUCCUCUUCCUCUCCUGCAUUAUGCAUGUGCUCCCUCUUCUCAGCCUCAGCCUCCAACGUCGUUCCGACCGUGUGCAAUGGCCGAGAGGUGCUGGACUCCACAACGUCCUCACUGUAGAAGCCCAAGCCAUGUUCCCCUGCCAGACAUGGUAUACAGAGUUAUUUAAAUGCUAGUCGAGAAUCUGGUGUUACAAGUAUUGAGGCGGUUAGACUGAAGACCAUCCUGAUUAUGUUGUCCUCAGCGUGCUGUGAGUACAAUGUCCCAAUUCUGUUUUUCUUUCUCUGGCUAGUAGAUAUGAUGAAUGAGCUGCCAAUAAAGAUCAGUAUACCCCUUUCUUUUUAUUGAAAAAAAAGGUCAAUGUUUAUUUGAGACAUUGAGUAAAUUAUAGUAAAUCUGUUCAAUAUACAAUAUACAAGAUGUUUUUAAUGUAGAUUUUGGUGAAACCAGUUUGUGCUUUCUUGUAAUUUAUGUAAAUAAAAAAUGUGUUUUUUAUGAAUAUGAGAACAAAGGUUUGGAUCGGUACUCCUUUCUUUUUUGCAUAGUCUAUUUGCUGUCUCUGGGGUGGGUGGUGGUGGGAGAGGGGAGGGGCUCUAAGUUCAGUCACA